UAGUAUUGAAAAUUUAAUAAAUAAAGGUGAUCUAUUCUGACUAGCUUUGUUUAUAUUCCAAAACUGACAGAAUUAGAAUCAGGAAGAGUAAGAUAUGGCUUGUUCUUUGACUUCUUAAUUAUCUUGAGAAGAUUCUUAAUUUUGUAUUUUUUCAGUAGUUUUAGUAUACUUUGUUCUUCUAUUCCAGAUUUCCAAACUUUAAAAUUCUUAAGAGAAUUCUUCAGUGAGGAUUCUGAUAUAGCAUUCACGAUAUUCUCAACUCUUUCAAAUGAAUCUUCCCAGCAAUGGUUAGUCUCAACAGCUCAUUCUCAUAAAGAUAAAGACUGAGUAUUAUACUGCAAUGUUUUAUUAAAAUUCACACUCUUGGUAUUAUUCAUUCCAUUCUUUGAUUUAAAUGAAUACUAAUGCAAGGAGAUUAAUAGAACUGAAAUGAAGCCUUGCUUCUUGAUUUAUAAACUUCCAGUCCCCCAUUACUGGCCAAAAGUCUUCUUUAUAUUCCUGAUUAGUUAAAUAUUUAUGAAUUCACCUGAUAAUCUGAGGUAAUUGCAAACACUAAGUUAAAUUUUAUAGUGUGUUAAAACAGUUUUGCUUAUUUCAAACUUAUUUUAGGCGGUAGCAAUAAGAUUUUGGCUUUAACAAAGAGCCAUGCAACUUUGAGUAAGUCUCUACAGAUAGAAAGCUUCUAGAUCUCCUUUGAAAUAAUUUGCAUAUAAAUUAUUCUGAUAUCAAUUAGGUGAGAUAGGUUAUUUAUUGAGCAUUGAUGAAAAAUCACCUUUACAAUAUUUCUGCUUCAGAUAAUAAAUGAUUCAAAAUUUCGUUUAGAUAUACUCAUUCUGCCGAUAAGAAUCUCGUAGGUCACAUACUGACUGAUUUUGUGAAUAAUCGGAGUAAAUUUGCUAAAAUUUUGAGUGUCUCUUGAAUAAAUUUUAGAGUUAACAUUUUCUUGAAUAGCCCCUCUGAGAACAGAACUUUAGCAACAAAUUUCAGGAGGCUCAUAGUUGUUCAUCUCAUCAUAAUUUCUAGAGCUGCUGGAUGAUAUUUGUAAAAAAUUAGAAUUGCUCCGACAAACCUUGCGACUGAUCUUUUAGAAAUAAAGGUUUUAUGUAUACUCACACAUAUUCGAAAGGGUUUAGAUGCAUCCCACGGCUCCAUAAAUUGGAAAUGGUUAAAAAUCAAGUUGUUAAUGACCUCUCUUGCUUUGCUUACUAGAAUUUUACUUAGAAUAACCUCAUUGUUUGAAAUCUCUGGCUGUAUAUCAGCAGAUAGGGGGCGUUCUUUUAGGUAUGUUUAUUUCC